AUGGGCGCACCACUUCCGCCUGAGCUGUUGCAGCUGAUUUCCCACCAAUGUCCUUGUCGAGAACCGCAGAUCUUACAACUUGCCACCUACUUCAAUGGCGUGUUUCCCAGCCCUGCGAUCCUGGUCGCCCACGGCCUCGAGAACACCAGUAAAACAGAUGUGAUAGUCAGAGUGUUGGAAAGGAGAGGAUUCCUACAUACCGUCCUUCGAAGCCGAGAAUGCCUCUCUCAGAGACAUCUGAUCUCCAAGAUUUUCGCCGCCGCUCUCCAAGCCUUCGGGCUCGAUUCACGUGCAGAACAGUUCUACAAGGUGGACAGUAUCAAUGCUUUACUGGAAAACCUCCGGAAGCUAUUUUCCCAAUUGGAUGGAACCAGAUUAGUGGUGGUGCUGGAAGACAUCGACAAGCUGAAGCAGGCUGGUCCCACGUUGCUCCCUGCUCUAGCACGGUUAGGGGAUCAAAUUGCUGGAUUGUCGAUCAUAAUGACUUCCACUUCUCCUCGACCGUUGAUACUGCACAGAACUGGCGUGCCACACGUUCAAUUUCCUCCCUACACCCGACGUGAAUCAGUUUACAUAGUUACAUCCGAGGGCAUACCUCCUCUGCCUGCCAGGCCCCAGGACUCUACUAUCAAAAUCGACGACGACACCAUCUCCAGGCUCUAUGCCCAAUUCGCCCUGACGGUUUACGAUUCGCUCAUCGCAGCCACUUCUUCCACCUCGAUACACAGAUUCCGCUCGACCUGUCACAAACUCUGGCCGAGGUUUAUUUGGCCUCUGGUGUCCGGCCAGGCUCCUCCCGGCGCCGGGCGAAACAAGUCCUGGGACUUUGCGAGGUUGCUCGUGCAGAACCGUGCACUAUUCCAAUCCGAGGGAGAGAAGGCACUACAUCAAACACUAGCUACUUCAGUUCGGCAACGAGCAUCUGCAGAACACGGCACGCUGGAAUCCUUACCCUCUGAGUCUAACCAAGAAGCAGGCCGGCCAGAAUCAUCAAACACACCAUCCCGACGAAAUUUCCUACCGUCAGAAUCCCUUGACGGAGUUCGCUCUCGAGAGCUACAAUCCAAAGCAACCUCUAUCAGACCACCUCUACUGAAACAUUUUCCGACCCUGAUCCUAAUCGCCUCCUACCUCGCAAGUCAUACUCUUCCUAAACAUGAUAUCCUUCUGUUUUCUCGUCUGAGCUCCAGUUCUGCCACGAUGGUCCGGAAAAUCCGCAGACUCAGACAGACGCCCACGAAACGCAAGUCGAACACCACCCCUACAGGAACGCCGUCCAAAAACAAUUCUGAAUCAAAAUCACCCAGCAGAUCCCGUACAAAAUCGAUCUUGGCUGUCAGUGCAGGUUUGAGCGUCGCAAGGCCCUUCUCACUUGAGCGCCUCGUCGCCAUUCUUCGCGCUGUCCAUCCACAUGGCAUUUCCAACCGCCCGGGACAGGGCGUGACUGACCGUGUCUACCGAGAGCUGGGCGAACUGGAGAAAUUGCGGCUGGUGGUUCGUGCAUCUGGGUCUGGGAUUUCUGGGGGUGGAGGAACGUUUGGUGGUGCCAGCACAUCGGCAGGGGCUGCGGAUGAUCCCGGCGAGGAGAGGUGGCGAGUCAAUGUCAGCAGAGAUUGGGUGGUCGAUAUGGGUAAAGUCUGGGGCAUGGGUAUCAGCGAAUAUGAGGUGGAGAAUGAAUUGUGA